UCUUUUGACCAAGUGAUUAAGAAGGAGGCGUACGCAUGGGCCCAGAAGAAGAGACAUCGAAGGCAGACGUUGGGAACGUAGAAGUAGAAAAGGAGUUCACUGAGGACGAGGUUGAGGCGUGUGUGAACAAGCUGAAGUGCCACAAAGCAGCAGGAGCGGAUGGGAUAGUCAACGAGUUCAUGAAGUUUGGGGGGAAGGGGAUGAUCCAGCUGAUGGUACUGCUGUACAAUUGGGUGUGGAAAAACGAGUAUACGCCAAGUAGAUGGAGGGAAGGAGUGGUUGUGAACUUGUUCAAGAAAGGAGACAAGACUGACCCAGGAAACUACAGGGGGAUCACACUGUUGAACACAGUAGGAAAAGUGUUCUGUAAGCUGCUGAACGAUAGGAUAGUGGGAGUAUUGGAGAAGGAACAUAGCAUUAGUGAGGGCCAGGCAGGUUUCCGCAAGAAGAGGGGGUGCGUAGACCACGUGUUCACGGUAGGGAGAAUCAUCCAAGGUAGAAAGAGGGCGGGAAAGCCGACGUACUGCUUCUUCCUGGACGUGAAAAAGGCAUACGACACCGUAUGGAGAAAUGGGCUGUGGAAACAACUGUCCAAAUUCGGGAUCAAGGGGAAUUUGUGGAGAGUGCUGAAGGAGAUGUCAGAGUGUACGAAAAUUGCGGUCAUGUUAGACGGAGAACAACUGUCUAAAUUCUUCGACAUUGAGCAGGGGGUCCCACAAGGUUGCACGCUGUCCCCAACAUUGUUCCAGGUGUUCAUCAACGAUCUGUUGGAAGUCGUAGAGGCAGUCCGGAAGGGAGUAAAAGUAGGGGACACGGAAACGUCGGUUUCAGGAAUGCUGUUUGCGGAUGAUUUUGUCGGUAUGUCGGACACCCCUGAGGGACUGCAACUGCAAAUUGACGCGGCGAAGAAGUUUACUGAUAAGUGGAGAUUGUCUGCCAACGUUCAGAAGAGUGCCGUCAUGGUAUGCAACGAGAACAAGGAGGAACCAGUAGAACAUAGAUGGAAGUGGGGGAUCGAGGAGAUUGCAGUAGUGGACCAGUACACAUACCUCGGAGUAGAGAUCGCAAAAGACUGCUCGUGGAAUGCACACAUGUCCAAGGUAGCGGAAAAGGGCAAAGCACGAGCAGGGAAGCUGCACCCAAUACUCGCAAACCGGCACCUCGAUACACGCAUCAUCAAUUGACGGUUUUGAAGAGCGUUAUCGUACCGCCGCUAGAGUAUGCCGGAGAAGUAUGGGAA